GGCGGGGUACUCGGGAUCCGACAGCGGUUGGGUUCAGGCCAUGGAGCAGCCUUGGGGGAGUGCGGACGGGGCGUCCGCGCGGCUGCCCCUCGUGCUCACUGCGCUGUGGGCCGCGGCCGUAAGCCUGGAACUGGCCUACGUGCUGGUGCUGGGUCCCGGGCCGCCCCCACUGGGACCCCUGGCCCGGGCCUUGCAGCUGGCGCUGGCCGCCUUCCAGCUGCUCAACCUGCUGGGCAACGUGGGGCUCUUCCUGCGCUCGGAUCCUAGCAUCCGGGGAGUGAUGCUGGCCGGCCGCGGUCUGGGCCAGGGCUGGGCUUACUGCUACCAGUGCCAAAGCCAGGUGCCACCGCGCAGCGGGCAUUGCUACGCCUGCCGCAUCUGCGUCCUGCGUCGGGACCACCACUGCCGCCUGCUGGGCCGCUGCGUGGGCUUUCGCAACUAUCGGCCCUUCCUGUGCCUGCUGCUGCAUGCCGCAGGCGUCCUGCUCCACGUGUCUGUGCUGCUGGGCCCGGCCCUGUCAGCCCUGCUUCGAGCCCACACGCCCCUCCACACCGCGGCCCUGCUGCUGCUGCCCUGGCUCAUGCUGCUCACAGGCAGAGUGUCUCUGGCGCAGUUCGCCCUGGCCUUCGUGACGGACACAUGUGUGGCGGGUGCGCUGCUGUGCGGGGCUGGGCUGCUUUUCCAUGGGACGCUGCUGCUUCGGGGCCAGACCACGUGGGAGUGGGCUCGGGGCCAGCACUCUUAUGACUUGGGCCCCUGUCACAACCUGCAGGCGGCCCUGGGGCCCCGCUGGGUCCUCGUCUGGCUCUGGCCCUUCCUGGCCUCCCCAUUGCCUGGGGACGGGAUCACCUUCCAGACCACAGGUGAUGUGGGACUCAUGGCUUCCUGACUCCAGAAAGAGCCAGAGCUGUACAGGGCGAGGGAACCAGGAGAGGGGGCUCCUAACUCAUUUCAGACCCACCGCCAGCCUUAGGGGGGGCAGGCGGGUUGGUACUUAAUGUCUGCUUUUUAGCAGCUCCAGCCCCAUCCUUGUCCUUGCCCCUGCCCAGCGUGGACUCAGUAUCCAGGGCAUGGACCCUGCAGUUCUGCCUCUAUCAGUGGCCCCCGAGUGCAGUGGAAGGUCUGCCAAGGGGCCACCCCUUUGUCAGGUUAAUAAAGCGCCCACUUGGUUCUUGGA